AUCACACAACCAUGAGCCCAUGCUAGCAUAGCUGUUAAAUGCUCCACAGCAAUGCUGACAGUUAGCCAGCUAGCGAUAGCAAUAUUUGCCACAUUCAUAAUAUCACUAACAGCAGGUUAGCUAACAUUAGCAUGUCUACUGUAGCCGUCACUAGUGAAAACAGACUGUAACAUUACGAAUGAUCAAGUUAUUGACACAUGAAGAAGAAGAACCAGUUCUGAGUCCAGCUGGACUUUAGCAGCUCGUAGGGUUCUCCUCCCAGUAAACCAGACCAGCAUCAGCUCCACGGUCAGACUGGGAAAGAAAUUCAGUCUUGGACUGAUACACUGGGACCAGCCGCACUGAUGACACUGAUGGAGCCUGUAAAGACUUUAAAACCUUUACAGAUGUUUUGACGGUCCACCUGACGACCAGGGUCUGAGCCGUAGUCCUCAGUCCAGUCCACCUGUGGUCUGGUCUCAUCUCUUUCUGUGUCUGAGGCCUUUUUAAAUGAAACUGUGACAUCACACCGGUGGGCGGAGCCUGUGUGUUUAUAAACAUGGGGGGGACCAACAGUUUAACAGGCCGGACUCACAUGCACUAACAUGCACACGCUAACAGAACAAAGACCAGAGGAACUCAGAUGACAUCACACACAGAGGGGGCGUGGCUUCGUUCUCACUCCUCUUUAUCUUUACAUAGGAAACACUUUGCUGCCGUGUGACUUUAAAAUCUCAUUUACAGAAACUUUAAGAGGAACCUGUAACAGGAUUGAAAUAUAGAAAUGAUCCUUAUGUGGUUUUCAAAUUCUGAUUUGGUUUCUGUGAAUGUUUCAGUUUUGUUUCUUCACAGUUUGUUGUUCUACAUUACAGACAAGCUACAAACAGUCAUGUGACUCCCACCCUGCAGGUCGCAGCCGUCCAUCGAGAGUCGCCCACUCCCACAAGAGAAAGAGGUAAACAUAAGAACAAAACACAGUUCCAGGUGUUUCCUGCUGAAAAAGGUACAAUACACUCCCAUCAUGCUCGGUUUCUGCUCUGUGUGUGUGUGUGUGUGUGUGUGUGUGUGUGUGUGUGUGUGUGUGGAUUCAGAAACAAGGUCAUGCUGCUGAGGCUGGAUGGAAGGAGCGGAGAGGGGAGGAGAGAGACGGAGGGAUGGAUGUAGUUUAUGAAAGCAGCGCCUGCAGCGAGCGGAGCGAGGAAGACUCAGAUCAGACGACUUUCUGAGGCUGAUGAUGUUUCAGCUUCCUGUUCGCCGCCUAGGAGAGAAGGACGGCAGAGAGCGGCGAUCACACAGUGGACUGAUUCUGAAAUCAACCACAGAGACUGAUUCUUCUCUUUGAUUCAUCAGCUCCAUCAGGAUCAUCAGGGUUUUUUAAAGGCAGCGUCGUCGAUAUCGAUCAGGAGACAAGAAGCUUGUUUUAAUAAAACUUUACAUGACAAACUUUCCUUGCCCACCAGCUCCAGGAGGAUCCAUGGAGAGAACCAGCAUCUCUGAGAGGAAGGCUGAAGCUCAUGUUGGAGAUCACAGGCGUCCAUUUUCAACAUCCUCAUCCUCCAGAUCAAGAUCCUCUAUCCUGGAUUUCCCCCGGAGGCGGAUCUGCUGAAUGAGGAUUUCCAGAGCUGCAGAGGAUGUGAUGAUUGAUGAAGUUGUAUCACACAGACUCGUGCGAGUAUGAAUGGAGAGCAUUAGGAUAUGUAGCAUGAUUUAUUUAGUUUUACCUGAGUUCUGGACAAAUUACCUCCUAAUUGUGAGUUUAAUGGUUGCCAGAUUGGGAUCCUUGGACCAAAGAAAAGCAGGUGGAUAUGAGUCUGUUACAUCUUCUCAAAUUUACUGAAGCUUGAAAUUGGUUUUGCUUGUUCGCCACCUGUUUCUGUCGCUGUGAUUACGAUCGUGGCUGGGACGAGAAACAUGCAGGGACCACAGCUGAGACACCUGUCCAUCAGUGUGUGACAUGCUGAAAGCAUGUCGAGCAGCUCAACUCAUUUGUUUAUAUGUCUGACAGAGGUAAAUAACACAGAGAAACUGUGACCUGAACUAUUUCAACCGUCACUCUUUUAUGAAAAAACAUUGAAUUUUCUUGUUGCAACAUCUAGUGGCCAUUAGAUGAACUGCAGGUUAACAGACUGAGGUGUUUUACCGUCUUCUCUCCUCGGUCGCUUGGUCUACUCGACCUGUGCUUCCAGACCAGUGAUGGUUCCCCCACAGCCGGCCGCUCACAGGCCCCACGCCUGCCUGACGGCGGUCCUCAUCAUGACCAGUCUGGCGCUGAUGGACACUUACCUGGUGGAGCAGAACCCAGGUCCCAGGAGGAUCGGCGUGUGCGUCACUGUGCUGGCGGGUGACGCGUGUUUCCUCAUUGUGCUUCGAUACGUCGCCGUCUGGGCGGGGUCGGAGGUACAUACGGCCAGGAGAGGCUACGCCAUGAUCCUCUGGUUCUUCUACAUCUUCAUCCUGGAGAUCAAGGUCUACUUUGUCUAUCAGUACUACAAGUCUCAGGACGUAAGUGUGGAUGUAGAAGUGACGGACCCGGGUUUGUCCAGGAGAGCGCUCACGCUGCUGCUGUCCGUCUGCAUGCCCAUCGUGUUCGUAACGCUGGCAGCCAUCGAUCAUCUGGAAUACUUACGGCUGUACAAGAAGAGAGAGGAGAUAAGGAGUCGUUUGUUCUGGGUGGUGCUGGACCUGCUGGAUGUUGUGGACAUCCAGGCCAACCUGUGGGAGCUUCAGAGGGAGGGGCUGCCCCUGUGGGUGGAGGGACUGAUGUUCUUCUACUGCUACAUCCUCCUCCUGGUGCUGCCCUGCGUCUCCCUGAGCGAGAUCAGCAUGCAGGGCGUGAACAUCGUCCCCCACAAGAUGAUGCUCUACCCCAUCCUCAGUCUCGCCACCAUCAACAUCAUCACCCUCUUCAUUCGGGGGGGGAACCUGCUGAUUUACGGCGACAUCCGAGUGUCGACGAUCAUGAUGGGGAAGAACGUGAUCGCCAUCGUUGUGAAGAGCUGCAGUCUGAUGGAGUACCGGAAACACCGAGCGGCCUCUCCUCCUGCAGAGAGAGGAGCCGAGCUGCAGAGGAACGUUCAGGUCUGUAACACCCUGCACCCCAUGGUGCUGCCCAGGGUCGUGAUCGAGGACCUGACCACCAUCCCAGAGGAGGACGGGACCGAUGACGGGACCGAUGACGGGACCGAACAAACCUGAGACAAAGGCAGGAAAAACCAAACACCCUCCCAUAAAUACAUAGACAACCGAGGUCGAGUCAGGACGAAGACAAAGACGAAGACGAAGACGAAGACAGGUCUGAUAUUUCUAUGUGUUAGUGAAGUCCUGGUUUUACUGAGUCGACAGUACAAAACCAGAAUCACCUCAAACACAAAACAUUCACUAGGACUCAAGGAUGAACUGAUUAGACUUUGGUGGCAAAGGGUCAAAGGUCAAAGGUCAGUGUGACCUUACAAAACACUUUUUAGCCAUUAGUCAAGACUUCACAGCAAUUAUGACAAAAUUUCACACAAAUGGUUCAAAUGUUAUAAGACAGGAUAAACAGGCUGUGACCUGGAAGUAGUCUGAGUGGCGGAGGGAUACGACCACGAGGAGGUUCUAGUUUAAAACAUCAUCAGAUAUAAAUCAAGACCUUUAGCUUCAUCCCAGAAGGUAAAUAUUCAUAUUUUGGGGGGUAAUCAUGGAGUGUACAGUAAAUUAGAAGCUACAACCAGCAGUUGCUUAUCCUAGCUUAGCAUAAAGACUUAGCAUAAAAUGGCAAAUACUUUCUUUUUUUUAGUUUUGUACAGAUUUAAAAAAACAAAACAAAGAUAAAACAAGAAAACAACAACAACAUGUUAAAACAGGUUUUCAAGGUGCUGAACCUUUGGACAGUCUGGCUAGCCUUUUCCCUGUUUCCAGUCUUUAUGCUAAGCUAAGCUAACCAGCUGCUGGCUGUAGCUGUAGAUUCAACAUGCAGACAUAAGAGUGGUAUCAAUCUGAACAUCUACUUCUCACCAAGAAAGUGGAUUAUCAUAUUUUCCAAAAAGCUGAAUUAUUUAUUCAAUAUACAUUUUUACAACUGAAUCAUUACAUUUUUCUACAGAAUGAAAACAACUGUGUGUUUCAGCUGCUGUUUUUAUAAAUAAAGAUUUGUAGCUGGAAUCAGGGGACGUUGUGAUCUCAGUACACAGUGUGUGUCUUUACCUCCAGGACUCCAGAUGUGGUUUAAACAUCAGGGGACAUUUAACUGCACCGCUGGAAACACGCCUGCAGUUCAGCAGGAUGACCACAAGA